UCGGACUCAACCGGAGGAAACAGCGGCUCAUAAGGGACAAAAACUCGGCGCUUCAUUCAGCCUUUCAGUCAGUCUGUGUGUUUGUGGAGGAUUGCGCGCUCCCCGAACUCUUGUGGAUAUUUACUGAGGAAGAUGAGCACUUGGAGAGAUGAAGAUCGCGCUGAACGCUCAUCGGGUGCUGUGAUGAAGAGCGAGUGAUGAGGAAUGUCCGUCUGUCUGCUGCUGGUCCUCUUCAUUCUGACCACACACACACAGGUGUCUUCUGGGAAAUCUCUGAAGCUGCUGCAGGAGCAAUGGAGGAUCUACACCAAUGAGUGCAUUCAGAGCUUUAUUAGCACACCACCAGCCUCAGGUCUGGUGUGUAACCGGACAUUCGAUCAGUAUGUGUGCUGGCCUGAUGGAUCUCCGGGCACCACAGUUAACGUGUCCUGCCCCUGGUAUCUACCCUGGUACAGUAAUGUUGAUCAUGGUCUGGUGUACCGUAUGUGUGGCGCUGACGGCAGAUGGGUUCAUGGGAAAAACACUAGUGAGUGUGAGCAAGACGACCCCGGACAGAAGCACUACGGUCAGAUCCUCAGUAAGUUCAGAGCCAUGUACACAGUGGGCUACUCUCUGUCUCUGGCUGCUCUCACGCUCGCUCUGGGAAUAUUAGCCAGCUUCAGGAAGCUGCACUGCAUGAGGAACAACAUCCACAUGAACCUGUUCGGCUCCUUCAUGGUUCGAGCUCUUUCAAUCCUUAUCAAAGACACGCUGCUGGACCAGAUGAACAGAGCCCGCAGCGGACCCAGCCACUACCAGAGCACACGCUGGCUGGACACACAGACGGUGGUGGGCUGUCGGUCAGCGAUGGUGAUGAUGCAGUACAGUGUGAUGGCCAAUAACUGCUGGCUGCUGGUGGAGGGUCUGUAUCUGCACAGUCUGCUGGUCACCACCGUCUUCUCCGAGAGGAACUACUUCUGCAUUUACCUCUGCAUCGGCUGGGGUGCGCCGCUCAUAUUUGUGCUGCCGUGGAUGACAGUCAAAUACCUGUAUGAAAAUGAAGAAUGCUGGGAGAGGAAUAUGAACAUGGGCUACUGGUGGAUCAUCCGCUCUCCUAUUCUCUUCGCUUAUCUGAUUAACUUCAUUAUAUUCAUCCGGAUCAUAAAGAUUCUGAUGUCCAAGCUGAAGGCGCAUCAGAUGAGAUACACCGACUAUAAGUUCAGGCUAGCGAAGUCGACGCUGACACUGAUUCCUCUGCUGGGGAUUCACGCCGUCCUCUUCACCUUCGUCAUUGAUGAGUCUGUGCCUAAAGAGUCUCUGCUGCGGCUCAUUCGCCUCUUUUACGACCUGUUGUUCAGCUCCUUCCAGGGUCUGCUCGUGGCUAUCCUGUACUGCUUCGUCAACAAAGAGGUGCAGAGCGAGAUGCUGAAGAAGUGGAAGCGAUGGAAACUGGGCAAAGACAUUGAUGAGGAGUAUCGUCACACACACAGCCAGACUCCUCACGCCAAGAGCAGCACUGUUCCGCCGGCGGCCCACGACUGCCCCGAAACCUCAUCUUCUCUGGAGUCUCAGCGGCUGGUGAAGGGUGUGCAGAACGGCCGGAGCCGCGGACGCACCAGACUGCUGUUCACCUCCCAGACACAGGAGGGCGCCAGUAACUGCAGCUCGCUGACCGAGGACAUCUGCCUGGAGGAGCGACCGCUCAACACUGAGGGCUCGGCUGCGGUGCUGGAGGAAACCAACGUUUGAGAGAGGAGAUUUUAACAUGGUACAUUAUAUAAGCGGCGGCCAUAUAUUACCAGACAGGUUUCUGGGGUGAGAUGUGGAUCUAAGCAUUUACAUUCAGUCAUUUAGCAGACACUUUUGUCCAAAGCGACUUACAAUUCGGUAGCCAGGCAGAUCAGUCUCAAAAAAUAAUACAUCUACAAAAUAAAAUUCACACACAAUUCAAUUCACUUUUAUCAAUUUUAAUUCCUAAAUUCAAAACGCAAUUCGUAAAAUUCACAAAUCCAAUUUCUAUAUUCAAAACACAGUUUGUAAAUUCAAAAUACUCAACCUAGUUUUGGUGGAAAUACCAAUUAUAUUUACAUUACAAUUAUCUAGAUGCAAUUACAGUAGUCCACCAGAGGGGAUCAGAGAGAGCAAAGGGUCUGGAAAGAGAAAAACACUUGUUUUUUUACCCAUUCAGGAGGUAAAACAGCUGGUUUUAAACGUUCAUCUCACAGAGCCGUCCAUAAACCACUUCCCUUUCUCUCACCGCUGACACAAGAAAGCCAAACGUGUGUAAUUUAUAAAUCAUCUCCCGCUCCGCUUCAGAACUUUUCAUGUGGAUUGAUAUCAUGAACGGACGCUUUAAUAAAUGUGUCAAAUUCAAGCAUCGGGAGCCGUACGGUGUGCAAAGUCAACCGUGUCCAUUUAUACACAUCACUGGAGUGCCAUUCUUACAGACUACCCACAAUUCAACGGAAGGAGAAAACGACACAGAAUGAGCUUCAGAAUGUUUCUAGGUUUUCCUUGGGAUUGUUGAGGAGCUCAAGACUUCUGAAAACCAAUGAAAAAUGACACUCAAUCAUUCCACAACUGCGUGAAAACAGCAAAGACUGAUGCUCAUGAUGGAGAAUUUACUCGUGAAUAUAGAGUGAUGGUGUUUAUAUAUUAACCGACGCAAUUCAUGACAUGACUACCUGACAAAAGUCUUGUCGCCUAUCCAAAUUUUAGGAUUACCAAAUACAUUUACAUUACAUUUACAUUUACAUUUAGUCAUUUAGCAGACGCUUUUAUCCAAAGAGACUUACAAAUGAGGACAAGGAAGCAAUUUACACAACUAUAAGAGCAGCAGUGAACAAGUGCUAUAGACAAGUUUCAGGUGUGUAAAAGUCUAAGAAGCAAAACAUUAGUAGAAUUUUUUUUUUUUUUUUGAGAGAGAGAGAGAGUACAGUUAGUGGUAUAGCCAGAGAGGCAGUUACAGAUUAGGAGGGAAAGUGGAGACUAAACAGUUGCGUUUUUAGUCGUUUCUUGAAGACAGCAAGUGACUCUGCUGUUCUGAUGUAGUUAGGGAGUUCAUUCCACCAACUGGGGAGAUUGAAUGUGAGAGUUCGGGAAAGUGAUUUCUUCCCUCUUUGGGAUGGAACAACGAGGCGACGUUCAUUCACAGAACGCAAGUUUCUGGAGGGCACAUAUAUCUGCAGAAGUGAGAGCAGAUACGAAGGAGCAAAGCCAGAGGUCGCUUUGUAAGCAAACAUCAGAGCUUUGAAUUUGAUGCGAGCAGCAACUGGCAGCCAGUGCAAACGGGUGAGUAGCGGAGUGACAUGUGCUCUUUUGGGUUCAUCAAAGACCACUGGUGCUGCUGCGUUCUGAAGCAGCUGAAGAGGUUUGAUAGAGUUAGCUGGAAGCCCGGCUAGCAGAGAGUUGCAAUAGUCCAGUUUGGAGAGAACAAGAGCUUGAACAAUGAGUUGAGCAGUAUGUUCAGAUAGGAAGGGUCGGACCUUUCUGAUGUUAUAGAGUGCGAAUCUGCAAGAUCGAGCAGUUCUAGAAAUGUGGUCAGAGAAGUUCAGUUGGUCAUCAAUCGUAACUCCAAGGCUUUUUACCAUUUUGGAUGCAGUGAUGGUUGCUCCAUCCAUCUGUAUUGAAAAGUUAUGGUGAAGAGUCGGGUUGGCAGAAACUUCAAGCAUUUCCGUUUUCAUGAGGUUAAGCUGGAGAUGAUGAUCUUUCAUCCAGAGUGAAAUGUCUGACAGGCAGGCUGAAAUGCGAGCUGGAACCGAGGGAUCAUCAUAAUAUCUUGACUUCCAGUUGAUCAUUUGGAAUCAGAAGUGGCUUAUAUUAAAGGUAAAGGCCUCUAGAUCUACAAUUUGACCACAAUAAAAUAUGAUCAUGUCUUGAUUUUUAAUGAAUUGAUUUUCAUUAGGACAGUAAGGUCUGACUUUGCUUAGGGAAAAGUCUUGUCACUAAACCUUCAAUAAUGUCCAGUAUAGAAUAUGUGCUCAUGCUGCAGUGGAAACAGAAUGAAUAUUGUGUCUGACUCCAUCAUGAGCCUGGAGGACUGCAUCCAUACAUCUCUGCCAUGACUCAAAUCACUGAUUAAUAAAGUCAUCUGGAAUGGCAAAGAAAGCCUUCUUGCAGGACUCCCAGAGUUCAUCAAGGGACUUUGGAUUCAUCUUCAACGCCUCCUCCAUCAUCUUACCCCAGACAUGCUCAAUAAUGUUUAUAUUUGGUGACUGGGCUGGCCAAUCCUGGAGCACUUUGACCUUCUUUGCUUUCAGGAGCUUUGAUGUGGAGGCUGAAGUAUGAGAAGGAGCGCUAUCCUGUGGUUGUAAUGUAAUGGGCAGCACAAAUGUCUUGAUACCUCAGGCUGUUGAUGUUGCCAUCCCCUCGCACGCCCCAUCUGAAUGUAACCCCAAACCAUGAUUUUUCCUUUACCAAACUUGACUGAUUUCUAUGAGAUUCUUAUGUCCAUGUGGGUUAUAGUAGGUCUUCUGCAGUAUUUGUGAUGAUUGGGAUGCAGCUCAACAGAUGAUUCAUCAGAAAAAUCCACCUUCUGACACUUUUCCCAAUGAUCAACAAGACAUCAAAUUAUUUGUUGCUCUUACAACUGGGAUCCACGACAAGACUUUUGCCAGGUAGUGUAAACAACUUUCUGUAAAUCAUUGAUUUUAUAAAACAUACUAAAAAAAGGAAAGAUUGAAAGUGUAUUGUAGUGUCAAGUGCCAUCGCUCUGCUUGAGGAUCUUGAAGAUUCAGUGUAUAAUAUACUAUAAUGGCACCGCUGUGCAGCCAAAUACGCAUAAAUGCGCAGUGAUAAAAACACAGGUGCUUCUAUCAUGGCUGGAUUGACCAAUCAGAAGCCAAACUUGUGUGUCAAUUUUGUGAGUCUGUUAAAAUGCUGCUAUCAUUCCCAAUCAUUGUGCAUUGAUGAGAUUGAUUAUUAUUAUUAUUGAUAUUAAUGUUUGUGUGUGUCUAGGAGUUCUGUUCCACAUGUGAGAUUUAGAAUGUUCACAAUUUAGAACGUCACUUCUAGAAUUUCAGAAGCUUGUCACCAUGGAAACUAAAAUGAUACGGUGUUCUAAAGGGGCCGUUCACAUGUCGCGUCUAAAAGUGUGUGAAAAGCGCGAGGUGAGUUGCUUCCUUCACAAUGUUUAACACGCUUUGUGCUCACCUUGGCGUCUGUCAUUGCUAGACGAUAGCUCUGCACUAUAUUGGAAAAAUCUGACAUUCCGAUCUUUUGUUUUUGUGCAAUAUAUGUUGCGAUAUGAAUGCAUUUUCACUAGAUGACUUGAAUACCUCUAUUUGGGAAGAAUUCAGGUGCAGAAAUGAAUAAUGAAAUGUAAAAUAGCACUACAUAGACUACAUUGUAUAAAUAAUUCAAUAAAUAAGAAUUUAACCCUCUACCGCAUGGUGUCACCAUAUGGCAACAUGACAUUAAUGUUCAUUUCCCUGCCACUGUUUCUCUAAGACCAACAUUGAAUUUUUUUUUGUUGGAAAGAGAAGACCUUAGUGUAGCCAAUAAUGUGCUUUGGUUAAGUCACAUGACAUUUUGAGUGUUUUUCUGUAGCGUGAUUUCUUACAGACUGGCGUUUAUUGUGAGUAGUUGCUGAAUGCAAGUGUAAACGUCAAUAAAAACAAAGGAUCAAAUGAUGUCAGAUCCACAAGAAAAUCUGAAACCACCUCCAGUAAGUUAUGAUGACAUAUUCACAACUCAAUUUUUUAAAAUCAAAUUAGUUUCUUAUAAAUCGAUCAAAUGUGUGUGUUACCAAAUGGCAACACCGUGCAAUAGUGGAACGUGCAAUAUUGCUAUGGGUUAGCUAGCUAGCAAGCUCAGCUGUGAACUUUUAAAUUGUAACAAUAACAACAUGAAUGCGAGUAAUAUAAUGUUGGUUAGUCAUGUGUUAAUGACAUUUACAUUAUGGAUAAAUCUAGUUUUAAUGGCAAUACUACUUUUGAAUAGAUAUGAAUACAGGGAACAGUGUAUUAGCGAGCACCACCAUGUUCUAUGGUAAGUGAAAGAAGAAAAGGACAGAUCUGGCUCUUCCUGCUGAUGAAAGUGAAGAUGAGAUGGGCUUUAGUGAGCAUGAGAAUGAUGCAGACUGGACAUUUGAUAAGAGCAGUGAUAGAGACAGUUCAGAUAAGUUAGCUCUGAGGCAGAUAAGACAGGCGUAGUAUAGACCUUAUUCUUUAAUGUGGAAGUGCGCUCAUUUUUGCGAUUGUUUUAGAACUUCCGAUUCAGCUGCCAAUGGGAGAAAUGACUAGGAAUAAUAAACGACAGAAAACGGUUAAACUGCUAACUCUACAAACAAGUAUUAGCAUGACAAUACAGACAAAGUAGAAUAAUAUAAUAAGAAAAUAUCAGUUUGCAACACCAAGCAGCAAAACGAGCUGUUUUUAACGUCUAAAAAUGAAUGGAAGUGAAUGAGACCACAAGUCUCGAGCCAAAAUGAUACAAAUGGCUGCGCCCGCUCGUAUGCGGAAAAUAAGGUGAAUAGUAUAUACUGUAGUAUAAUAUAUAAACAUCGUUAGCUAGUAGCUACAUUAUUCUGAUGCAUCUGGAUAUAUUAGACUUGUUAUUUAUUUGUUAUAAUAUUCACUGGAGGAAAUAUUUAUAUUCACUGUAUGUUGUAAACAUGAUAAUACAAUAUUUGGUUUGUUUUUGAUCAUAUUCAGCAAAAAAGAAGGGAAUGAAUGAAAGCUGUUGGAGUAUGAGUUGUUGGAAAGUGUGUAUAAGGUGUCAUUUAUAAAGUCUGUGUUAAAGCUUAUAAUACUGCAACACCAAUUAAAUCAUUUCAAACAACAAAAUUAAUAAUUAUAAGGAAAUAUUUACAUUGGAAAUUUCUAAGUUAGAUCCACUGUUGGAUGUUGUUAGCAUAUGGCAACAUUUCAGAAAGUACCUUAAAAAUAUAUUUUCCACAGCACUUCAAGUUAAACCAUUUUAAGAAAAGAAAAUCAGUCAAAUAUUUUUUAAUGUGUGCGGUAGAGGGUUAAUAAUUACAAUUUUUAUUAAAAAGUUAUAAAUGGCACAAUUUCUUGUGCCUGAAAUAUUUAAACUUUCUUGAUACACUCAAAAACACAUGGUGAAAAGAUCAUCUUUUGAUCCAUCAUGGUAAAAAUCUUCAAUGACUUUGGCUUCUGGUCAACUAGCAUUGUGCGAUGUGACUAUUGCGGAUGCAAACUUUGUGAGAUCGAUGCUUAAACGAUAUAUUGUGCAGCCCUACUAAACAGCGAUCAGUCAUUUUCUUAGACGAUGACAAACUGACAAACCCUUGCUGCAGCUCUGAUACAAGUCUUAUUUAUGGAGGAAAUGAAAAAGCACUGCAGUGUUUGGGUGCGCUGUGUUUGUCUGAGGUAAUUAGUCUACCGUUAUUACUGAAAUGUGCACGUUCCAAACAAGUAUGAAGCUGAUCGGUUGGUUCGCGUCACAUGACUUGCUGUGCUUGCGGCGUUCGGAAAAGUUGCAAUGUUUUCAACUACACUCACUGGCCACUUUAUUAGGUACACAUUACUGGUACUGGGUUGGACCCACUUUUACCUUCAGAACUGCCUUAAUCCUUUGUGGCAUAGAUUCAACAAGGUACUGGAAAUAUUCCUCAGAGAUUUUGCUCCAUAUUGACAUGAUAGCAUCACGCAGUUGCUGCAGAUUUGUCGGCUGCACAUCCAUGAUGCGAAUCUCCCGUUCCACCACAUUCCAAAGAUGCUCUAUUGGAUUGAGAUCUGUGACAGUGGAGGCCAUUUGAGUACAGUGAACUCAUUGUCAUGUUCAAGAAACCAGUCUGAAAUGAUUCGCGCCUUAUGAAAUGAUGCGUUAUCCUGCUGGAAGUAGCCAUCAGAAGAUGGAGACACUUGUCAUAAAGGGAUGGACAUGGUCAGCAACAAUACUCAGGUAGGCUGUGGUGUUGACACCAUACUCAAUUGGUACUAAUAAGCCCAAUGUUUGCCAAGAAAAUAUCCCAACACCAUUACACCACCACCACCACCAACCUGAAACGUUGAUACAAAGCAGGAUGGAUCCAUUCUUUCAUGUUGUUGAUGUCAAAUUUUGACCCAACCAUCCAAAUGUGGCAGCAGAAAUGGAGACCCAUCAGACCAGGCAACGUUUCUCCAAUCUUCUACUGUCCAGUUUUGGUGAGCCUGUGUGAAUUGUAGCCUCAGUUUCCUGUUCUUAGCUGACAGGAGUGGCACCCGCUGUGGUCAUUUGCGCCCACAGAACUGCCGCUCACUAGAUAUUUUCUGUUUUUCAGACUCUAAACCCUAGAGAUGGUUGUGCGU